AUGCAAACCAAUUAUUUAUCAUCAAUGGCAGCAACAUCAUCAACAACACCAAGUACUUCAAUACUUAAUCAAAAUAAUCAACUUGUAAAUCUAACAAAUUCAAUAACAUCAUCACCAUCACUACAUAAUCUUCAUCAUUCUUCACAUUUACAACAACAACAUCAUGAAACUGUAUCAACAACAACAUCAACUUCAACAUCAACAUUGGGUCUAGAACCAUCAAUUAAUAUUAUACCAAUAAAUACUCCAUUACCAUCGGUAUCAACUAUACAACCAAAUAAUAAUGCCAAUACUUUAAUAUUAAGUGCUGUUAACACUACACCAAAUACAUCACCGAAUACAGGAUAUUUCCAAAAUCAUUCAAAUCAUAGAACAACAACAAGUAUCAAUAAUAGUAAUGGAAGAAUAAUAACAUUAACAACUAAUGACAAUAAUAGUUGUGAAAUAGUUCCUUUAAUUGUCCAUCAACAUGAUGAUCAAAAUAAUCGUCAUUCAUCAACAUCAGUAUUGGAAAAUAAUUUAAUGUCAUCACCAACACAUUCUACGCAAUCGACAUCAAGAAAUUCAACAACAUGCAAUUCAAAUAAUAAUAUAAAAAUAUUAGAAUUAGAUAAUGAUACUCUUUCAUCAAUAUUGAUACGUCGAGCUACAAUAGAGCAUUUUCAAUUACAACAACAAGAUAAUCAUCAAAAUCAGCAACAACAACAACAUCAAUUUACAACAAUGCAAUCAUUAAAUGAUAAUAAUAACAAUAAUGCAAAUAGUAAUAAUCAACAACAACAUAAUGUUAAUCAACAAAUAACUGUUGAUAAAAAUUGUGCUAAUUCAAAUAAUAAUAGUAAUAAUAAUAUUCCUCUACAAUAA